CUUCCUCUCCCCCAACCCCCGGAGAACUGAGCACACACACGGCACGCCUCCUGUCCUGGCAACGCGCUACAGAGGACAGACAAGUGGACAGCAGGGCUUGCGAAACACCCGAGGAGAUGCUACAGGAGGCCCCGUUUCCCAAAGCAAGAACAAAAGGGUUUCCACGUUGUUUCCAGGGGUAAAGACAGUCUGAGAUGCAAAGAUGUGCCCUCCCAGGGUUCCAACAGCUCACAAAGGUCCCAGCGACAUAAUUCAGGAUCCCCCCUCACCCAGGUGCUUGCUCUUCACUGUCAGUGCUAGGGGUGCUGCCGUCCCCCAAGACCCCUGGGACCGCAGCACCAAGGCUCCACCUGAGGCCCCACCCACUCACUGGCCAACGCACCAGAACCCAGUCUCCCUCUGUUGCCGGUCCCCCUCCCCGUGGGCCUGCCUGGUCCAGCCUCCCCGUGCCUGGCCACAGGCGCUAGCCUCUGCUCACCCCAAAGCCCCUUCCCUAUGUGCUCUUCCAGGACCCAUCUUAAAAUGGGACUUGGGUUCUGGCUGCUCCUGCCCCGGGACCUGCAGCAGCUGUCCCCCCACCCUCUCCUCCACCUCCUCCUAACUCUGGGACUCAGCCAUUCUCAGAACGGCCUUCCCUCCCCCACGCCCUUCCCUGCCUGGACCUAUCACCACCACCACCCAUCCCGGAACGUGCAUCUGCCAGCCCACUGGGGACCGGGCCACCGGGCUGGGCACUCACAGCCUCUGAGCUGCCCUCUGCCCCAAGCACACCCUGCUCGCCGUCACAGCACUGACCCACCCCCACCCCACCCCCGCUCCCCGGACAGCUGGUCUUGUCUCCCAGGCUUGGAACCACCACCAGCCUGGCCGGACCAGGGAAGUCCCUCCCCAGCACGGCAGGUUCCGAAGACACAGCCCCCGAGGGGGUGCUCAUCACACCUCAAAGAAGGGUCAGGAAAUUGGCCCUUGUGGGACAGAGACCAUUGCAGAGUCAGUCCCCACAUCCAGGAGAGAGAAACGGGCGUGGGGCCCACAUGCUGGCUGGACCUGGGCGGUCCCCUGGGCCUGACUCGGGACAGUGCAGCACAGCGAGGAGGAAGAGCAGUGAGGGUCACCACAGUCCUGGGCGCCAGCUUCCUUCCAGCAGGCAGGGAACAGGACUCCUGCCAGGCCAGCCUGACUUCCAGGGCUCCAGGGCCUGUCCCCGGCCAGUCCCCACUCCGGGCAGCCUGGCUUUAUGACUUCACAGGCUGAAGUCAUGUAGGGGGACAAUGCUGGGUGUUCCACACCUCCAAGUGCAGGCCCAGACCGGCCAGACGGCUUCCCACAGUGCAAACGAGGACAAUGCCUGCUGGCCCAGGUUGGGAGGGGAUGUAGAGGGCAGUGGCGCCAGACGCUCCUGGCACCAUGGAUGAUGCCGCAGUCCUAAGGAAGAAGGGUUACAUCGUGGGCAUCAACCUGGGCAAGGGCUCAUACGCAAAAGUCAAAUCCGCCUACUCCGAGCGCCUCAAGUUCAACGUGGCCGUCAAGAUCAUCGACCGCAAGAAGACUCCCAUGGACUUUGUGGAGAGAUUUCUUCCCCGGGAGAUGGACAUCCUGGCGACCGUCAACCACCGCUCCAUCAUCAAGACCUACGAGAUCUUUGAGACCUGCGACGGCCGUAUCUACAUCAUCAUGGAGCUCGGAGUUCAGGGCGACCUACUCGAGUUCAUCAAGUGCCGGGGGGCCCUGCACGAGGACGUGGCACGCAAGAUGUUCUGGCAGCUGUCCUCAGCCGUCAAGUACUGCCACAACCUGGACGUCGUCCACCGAGACCUCAAGUGUGAGAACCUUCUCCUUGACAAGGACUUCAACAUCAAGCUGUCAGACUUCGGCUUCUCCAAGCGCUGCCUGCGGGACAGCAGUGGGCGCAUCAUCCUCAGCAAGACCUUCUGUGGGUCGGCGGCGUACGCGGCCCCCGAGGUGUUGCAGGGCAUCCCCUACCAGCCCAAGGUGUAUGACAUCUGGAGCCUGGGCGUGAUCCUCUACAUCAUGGUCUGUGGCUCCAUGCCCUAUGAUGACUCGGACAUCAAGAAGAUGCUGCGCAUCCAGAAGGAGCAUCGCGUCAACUUCCCGUGCUCCAAGAACCUGACAGGCGAGUGCAAGGACCUUAUCUACCGCAUCCUGCAGCCGGACGUCAACCGGCGGCUGCGCAUCGACGAGAUCCUCAGCCACUCAUGGCUGCAGUCCCCCAAGCCCAAAACCGUGUCUUUGGCCUCCUUCAAGAGGGAGGGUGAAGGCAAGUACCGGGCUGAAUGCAAACUGGACACCCAGCUGGGCUCGCGGCCCGAGCACUGGCCUGAGCACCAGCCCGACCACAAGCUGGGGGCCAAGACCCAGCACCAGCUGCUGGCGGUGCCCGAGAACGUGGACAGGAUGGAGGACCGGCUGGCUGAGACCUCCAGGGCGAAGGACCAUCUUCACGUCUCCGGAGCCGAGGUGGGGAAGGCGAGCACCUAGCGGUGCGGAGGGCCUGGGGGGCAUGGCGUGGUGAGCACCCCGUAAGCUAAGUAGGAGGUAGAAGCUGAAGAAGGCACAGGUGCAAGAACGAGUAAAAUCCGUCAAUUAAACCAUUAUUUUGAUUACGUUCUAUUAGCUUUCUUCCACUUAGUAGCAAAGACGUUAAAUCCUGACCACCAAAUAAACCACAGAGUGUAUGCAGCAGAGAGGCCUCGAGGAGUCAUUUUUUCUAGGACUCAGCACUCCCCUCCCUGCGGCGCAGGGGAUCUGGAGUGGGGGCCAGGCCUCAUGGGCAAGGACUCCGCGGCCGCCCGCCUGCCAGGCCCCCACGUGCCUCCCGACCCUGCCCAGCCCCCACUCAGGCAGCCCUUCCUCAACACCCCCCUCUCCCUUCAUUCCCGCAGUUGGGAAUGGGAGACCCCGAAGCCAAGAACUUCCAGUGGCAUUCCCCCUGCCCCUAUCCCCGCCAAGCAGCCCUCAUGCUUUAUCAGCCAUCACCCCCAUCCCCGCCAGGUGGUCAGCACCUGGUCUUCUGUGGCCUUGCCUGGACAGUGCCCCACAUCUCCUUCACACCCACCCAGACCUCCACCCCCUACUUGCUGGGGGCUCCCUCAGGGCCAAACCCACCCUUCUCUAUGGAGAAUAAAGCACCCAAAGCGGCCAUUUCCUGACCCUGGACAGUCCCAGCACCGCCCCCUUGGUGGGGCACAGGGCACAGCCAGGACUUGGCUCCCAGGAACUUGCAGGACUUCCCUGAGGAGGAGCGCAGGCCAGCUGGUGCCCAGGCAGCCUCCAGGGAGCAUGAGGAUGGCCCACUGCAGGGUGCGCGUGCUCAAAGCGCGAGGGGUUCCCAUCUGAGCAGACCCCAGGCUGCCUCUCUGAGCACAACCCGACCCCACCUGAGGCCUAAAGAGCCUGUCUGGGAGCCAGCCCACCUCCCUGUGAGGAGCUGGCCCCAAGACUUCCGGGGUCAGGCACCAACACCCUCAGGCCCGGAGGCAGGUGCCCGCCCGUGGUGCCCACAGCGCUCUCGGGUCCAAGUGGAGCCCAGUCCCACUGCUUGUGACACUGUGGCCCAGGUUGCUGUUACAUGGGGGUCUCACUGGUGGGGUGACAACGGGGUGAGGCCGGCAACCCAGCAGCACGUGGCAGGCAGGGCCUGAAGCCCCGAGCAAGGGAGGGAGGGGACAUGGGGACGGCCCUGCCCACCUGAGCUGGAAGCCAGGUGCUUGGGAGGUGAUGGCUGAGGCCACUGGGAAGGCGCCUCCCACGGGAGCAGCCUCACAUGCAGGACCCGUGCAGCUGCAUCACCAGCAAACCACGCAGGUCAGGCCUGGCCAGGGAGGCUGUGGACCUGGGCCCAGAGCCCGGGUGAACCUGGCGGCAGGAGGACCAGGGACCAGCUCUUCAUGCAGGAAAACCUGGGGCACAACUGCCAAGGGCUCUGCCCUCCCCAAGGGCGGACCAAAGGGCUGUGAGCUCAGCUCAGAGGCAGGUCCCCAGCCCUGAGGGCACCACCGGAAGCAACACAGGCAGCAGCAAGAAAGGCUGGACACCCUAACCCUCCGAGGGUCAC